AUGACCGAGGAAAAGAAGACUUACACCAUCCCCUACCGUUCCCAGCUCCAGGAGAAGUUCGAGCCCGGACAAACCUUGAUCGUGAAGGGAUCGACCAUCGAUGAGUCACAACGCUUCACCGUCAACUUCCACAGCAAGUCGGCCGACUUCUCUGGCAACGAUGUUCCUCUCCACAUCUCCGUCAGAUUCGACGAAGGAAAGGUGGGUAUUUUUGAAUAUUGUAAAGCAAAAAUGUUGCGGUAGAUUAAGUUUUGUAACUUAAAAUUGUUUAUAAUGGUUUUUGAUACAAUAUUAUUGUCUAUUGGUGUUUCCUACUACGUCUGAUCCGUCUUUGUGUUUGACAAACCAAGUUUGAAAAGUUACACCAGUAUUACAAUGUUUACUUUCAGAUUGUCCUCAACUCCUUCUCCAACGGUGAAUGGGGCAAAGAAGAGCGCAAGAGCAACCCGAUCAAGAGGGGCGAACCCUUCGAUAUCAGAGUCAGAGCUCACGAUGACAAAUUCCAGAUCAUCGUGGACCAGAAGGAAUUCAAGGAGUACGAGCACCGUCUUCCAUUGAGCAGCAUCACCCACUUCAGUGUCGAUGGAGACUUGUACUUGAACACCGUCUCAUGGGGAGGCAAAUACUACGUAAGUUCGUAGCAUGCAGCCUCAGUGUCGUAGCAUGAAGCUUCUAUUUCAUUAUAUAUUAGAUUAAAAAUUGUGUAGGCAGCAACAUGUAACAUGUUAUUAAGAAACAUGAGGAUUUAUAAUAUUUUAUGUAGAAAUCAGUGUUUAUUACAAUAUACAAUGCUGUAUAUUAUUUGUUAUCAUUUGGUUGGCGGAGGAGUCGUUGUAAACAACUUUGUUUACGUUAUAUUCCCUAGUCCUUUUCGAAAAAGCAAUAAAUAAGACGGGGAACAUAGUAAGAAAGCAAGAAGUAGCGUAAUAUAAAAGCAAAAAACAUAGCAAGGAAAUGAAAUUUAGAAAAAGUGUAAUAUAGUAAAGUAAUAUGGACAAUAUUGUGCUAUAACGAUAAAAAAGAGAAACAAUAUAGUAAAAUUAUUCGUAAUAACCAUGACAUUUCAGCCUGUCCCAUACGAAAGCGGAAUCGCCAGCGGAUUCCCAAUCGGCAAGAAGUUGGUCGUCUACGGAACCCCAGAGAAGAAGGCCAGACGCUUCAACAUCAACUUGUUGAGAAAGAACGGCGACAUCGCCUUCCACUUCAACCCUCGCUUCGACGAAAAGCACGUGAUCCGAAAUGCCCUCCAGGCCAACGAAUGGGGCAACGAAGAGCGCGAAGGCAAGAUCCCAUUCGAGAAGGGAGUCGGCUUCGACCUUGUCGUCGUCAACGAGCCCACCCACUUCCAGGUGUUCGUCAACGACCAGCCCUUCACCUCGUUCGCCCACCGAUCCGAGCCCAGCGACAUUGCCGGCCUCCAGAUUCAAGGCGACGUCGAGAUCACCGGAAUCCAAAUCCACUAA